AUGGCCGCGAAACCCAUCAAAGAUGUCGUCGCGGUUGGAAAGAAAUAUACCCAGCAAAGCGUCGGCAUCUGGGAAACGCUCCGCAAACUCCUGGUCGUCGAUCCCAACCGCAGCAACGGCGUCCCCGUAAAACAUUUCCGCAACCCGACUCCCGGGGGUCUCGAUCCCAAGUCGUACGACGACGCUGUCACCACCCCAGCCGCCGACAUCGCAGACAAUCCGUAUUGGAAGAGGGAUGUAAGGAGGGCAUAUCCAACACUAAGCACGGUCACACAGGGCGAUGUGGUGGGGCUGUUGACAUUGGGAAGUGCGGCGAACCCGAGUCCGAAGUUGUUGGCUGGCGAGGAGGGCAGCAAGCAGUUGGUGGCCGCGAAGCAGGAAGGGGAGAAAGGAUUAGCGACAUAUUUCGAGCAAGAAAAGGCCGCGGCGGUGUUGGGAGAGAAUGGGCUGCCCCCAAAGCCGGUGGCAUUUGGAUACAAGAAAGACGUCAAGUAUGAGAUCGGACCGACAAGUUAUGGAGACGAGUAUCCCUGCCGGAGCUUUGUCUAG